CAGAAUUUAGUUUUGUCCUUAACCUGCUCGAAUAUGUCACAUGUGCCCUUUAUAUAUACCACCAAAUCUUUGAGUACUGAAGCAUAGCAACUCCCAUUAUCAAGUUCCAAUUCACAAACAGCUAAUAUGAAGGGUUCUACCAGUUCUAACUGUCUUCUGCUUCUGCUGAUUGUUUGCUUUUCGACAAGCUUUAAUCUUCGAUGUGCUCGUGCUGCUGAUCCCACAGAUGGCUUCACCUUAGUGCCAUUAAGCGAUGGAAAUUUUGUUCUUCAAAAACCAUAUAAUUUACCACUUGCAGAUAGAUAUAGUGAUGCAAGUGGAGUCAGAAAAUUUUGGGUUUAUACAAAUGAUAAGCCAUUCCAAUCUGGAAGUGGUACCAGACCCCGCACAGAAGUUCGCAUUAAGGGCCUUGAUUAUUCAUCUGGGAUUUGGCAAUUUGAAGGCUAUGCAUAUGUUCCGAAAGGAACUUCUGGAGUAACAAUAAUGCAAAUCCAUGGUGCAAGUGAAGGAGCUACAACUUUACAGCUGAGGAUUUAUGAUGGUGAUAUGAAAUACUACAAAUUCGACGUGGUGGCAACUGAUCUUUACGAUAAGUGGUUUAGAUUGAAUGUGAUUCAUGAUGUCGAUGAAGGAAAGAUCACAGUUUUCAUCAAUGGAGUUAAAAAGUAUGCGGUGAAUGAUCAAGGACCAGGAGACCUGUAUUUUAAGUGUGGUGUAUAUGCUGCACCAGAAAAUUCAAGCAAAUAUAUGGAAUCAAGAUGGAAAAAUAUCAAAAUAUACAAGAAAUGAGUAUUAACUCUGUGGAUUUAUUACAUUGUGAUCAAGAAA